AUGGCGCACGGGCAGGAGUCGUCGCCGACGCAGGCCGCCGGCGCCGGCACCGCAGCGCUGUGCGCGAACGGCUGCGGGUUCUACGGGAGCGCGGCGACCAAGAACAUGUGCUCCAAGUGCUACCGCGACCACCUCAAGGCCACCGACACCGACACGGCUGCCCCCGGCCCCGCCGUCGAGGGGAAGACGAAGGUCAAGGAGGCCGCCGACGUGGCCAACCUCGCCUUAAACCUCAAGACGUCGCUGAGCCUGCAGGAUCACUCUGCAGCUGCCGCCGCCGAGGUGCCGACCGCCGAAGCGCCGGCGAAGAAGCCGACCAGGUGCAUGGCGUGCAAGAAGAAGGUGGGGCUGCUGGGGUUCGCCUGCAGGUGCGGUGGCACCUUCUGCUCGCUGCACCGCUACGUGGACGGGCAUGCGUGCGGCUUCGACUACAAGAAGGCCGGCCGUGAGAAGAUCGCGCAGCAAAACCCUCUCGUCGUGGCACCCAAGAUCCAGAACAAGAUUUGA